AUGACCCUUAAUGUUGGGUCCUUUUUGAUAUCACGGGAAAAGAUAGUUACGCCCUUAAGGAAUUACUCUCGGAAUGCUCCGGCAGCAACUGCCAGCCCGCCUGAGUCCUCAAAACAUGCCUCUGGCAACCAGAACACCCUGAUCACCAGGUGCAAGUUGGUGAAGCAGCUUCUUAUUCGUAUUCUAGCACUUUGUGACCGAAGUGGUGCACAUUCACAGAUCACACAAAUUGAAGUCAUACCAUGCAAAAUUUGUGGAGAUAAAUCUUCAGGAAUCCAUUACGGUGUCAUCACAUGUGAGGGCUGCAAGGGAUUCUUCAGAAGAAGUCAACAAAACAAUGCCUCCUAUUCCUGCCCACGGCAGAGGAACUGUUUAAUUGACAGAACUAAUCGAAACCGUUGCCAACAUUGCAGACUGCAGAAGUGUCUUGCCCUAGGAAUGUCUAGAGAUGCUGUAAAAUUUGGGAGAAUGUCUAAAAAACAGAGGGACAGUCUUUAUGCCGAAGUCCAGAAACACCAGCAACGACUGCAAGAACAGAGACAGCAGCAAAGUGGAGAAGCAGAAGCCUUGGCCAGGGUGUAUAGCAACAACAUCAGCAAUGGCUUAAGCAAUCUCAAUAAUGAGACAGGUGGCACUUACUCCAAUGGACACGUCAUUGACCUGCCUAAAUCUGAGGGUUAUUAUAGUGUGGAUUCUGCACAGCCCUCCCCGGAUCAGUCUGGAAUAGAUAUGACUGGUAUGAAACAGAUAAAGCAAGAACCUAUUUAUGACCUUUCCUCAGUACCAAACUUAUUUAUGUAUAGCUCUUUCAAUAACGGACAACUAGCUCCAGGAAUCAGCAUAAGUGAAAUAGACCGAGUUGCACAGAAUAUCAUAAAGUCCCACUUGGAGACAUGUCAAUACACAGUGGAUGAAUUACAUCAACUAGCUUGGCAGACACAUACCUAUGAAGAAAUUAAAAUUUACCAGAACAAGUCAAGGGAAGCAUUAUGGCAGCAAUGUGCUAUUCAAAUUACUCACGCUAUACAAUAUGUGGUGGAGUUUGCAAAACGGAUAACAGGCUUCAUGGAGUUUUGUCAAAACGAUCAGAUAUUGCUACUUAAAUCAGGCUGCUUGGAAGUUGUUUUAGUAAGAAUGUGCCGUGCCUUCAAUCCAUUAAACAACACUGUUCUUUUUGAAGGAAAGUAUGGUGGAAUGCAGAUGUUCAAAUCAUUAGGUUCUGAUGAUUUAGUGAAUGAAGCUUUUGACUUUGCAAAGAGUUUAUGCUCCCUCCAAUUGACGGAAGAGGAAAUUGCACUGUUUUCUGCAGCCGUACUGAUAUCUCCAGAUCGACCUUGGCUGAUAGAACCAAGAAAAGUCCAGAAGCUACAGGAAAGAAUUUAUUUUGCACUUCAGCAUGUGAUUCAGAAGAAUCACUUAGAUGAUGAGACUUUGGCAAAACUAAUAGCCAAGAUACCAAACAUAACAGCACUUUGCAACUUGCAUGGGGAAAAACUGCAGGUAUUUAAGCAAUCUCAUCCGGAGAUAGUGAAUACAUUAUUUCCUCCUUUGUACAAGGAGCUUUUCAAUCCUGAAUCAGGCACUGGCUGUAAGUAAAGAUGUUGGGAUUUUUCACAUAACUCUGGAAUGCAUCACAACUAAGACAAAAGAAAUGUGCUCAAGAAGACUUUACUAAGAAAAAAAUAAUAAAACAUCACUACAGCAGCACCAGGAAUGUUCUGCACUUAAUAGAAUUAUUUUUCACCGCUACAGUUUGAAGAAUGUAAAUAUUCACCUCUGAGUGGGGCUUUCUCUCUUCUAAAUUGUUGAUUUUUUUUUUUUCCAAGUGAACAUUUAACACUUUUGUUGCCAGAAGGGACUGAAGAGAA